AUGAGUCCGUUCCGUGUCAGCGCCGCCGUGCUCUGCUCAGCCACGCUCCUCCUGCUAACCACCUUCCUGCCCACCCACGCCGUCAACACCACGGCGCCAUCCCCCUCCUCGUCGCCGUCCUCCUGCGAGCCGGCGGCAUGCGGCGCCCUGCGCAUCGCGUACCCGUUCUGGCUGGACGGCACGCACCCGCCGGACUGCGGCUACCGGGCCUUCCAGGUCACCUGCGACAACAACAGCACGGUCGCCCUCAAGAACUCCUUCCUGGCCUACCAGAUCGUCAACAUCUCCUACGAGGCCAGCUCCUUCCAGAUCGCCAACGGCGAUCUCUCCGACUACGCCGCCUGCGACGCCGACCGGCUCAGCGUCAACGUCUCCGCCGACCUCGGCCUCGCGCCCUUCGGCAUCAGCAAAGCCAACCGGGAGCUCUUCUUCAUGUACAACUGCACCCACACCCUCCGGCCGCCGCCGCCUGACUGGGCGCCCGUCAACUGCACGGGUGCGCCUCGAUCGUCCAGCUCGUCCGUGUUGAACCCGUUCGCCCGGCUUGCCGGCGGCUACAUGCCCGACGAAGCCUGGGCGCCAGUGCAAGGGAACUGCACCGUGUCGAUGAUGCCGGUGCUCGGGUACGCCGGCGCCGCCGGGAAGGACUACCGCCGGCUCAUGAAGGGCGGGUUCCAGCUGGAUUACACGGUGGGGGACUGCACGGCGUGCAAGCAGAGCGGCGGGCUCUGCCGGAUCAACACCACCUACGAUGGUUUCGAGUGCCACUGCGCCAACGGCGUGUCCGACCUCAUCAUCGUCUGUGACGGUAACCAACUUAACUCGAUCACAACGCCUUCAUAUAUGUGCCUGUCUUCCAUCUUCAUUUGUUUGGGAGCAGGAGGUGGUGGUAUAGUCAUUGGGUGCUUGGCCGUUUUUUUGUGGUACAACCGCAAGAAGAGAAAUGAGGCUAGAACUUCGUCAAAGCUAAUGCGGAGUGGGUCUUCUAUGCAUUCAUCAUACAGUAAAGACCUGGAGCUGGGUGGUUCUCCUCACAUCUUCACUUUUGAGGAACUUGAAGAGGCUACUGAUGGAUUCUGUGCUUCAAGGGAACUUGGUGAUGGUGGUUUUGGAACUGUUUACAAAGGAAAACUCAAGGAUGGGAGAGUAGUUGCAGUAAAACGCCUUUACAAGAACAACUAUAAGCGAGUCGAGCAAUUUCUGAAUGAGGUUGACAUCCUGUCCCGGCUUCUCCACCAGAACCUCGUCAUCCUAUACGGUUGUACGUCCCGUGUGAGCCGUGACCUUCUCUUGGUGUAUGAGUUCAUCCCCAAUGGGACAGUUGCGGACCAUCUUCACGGAUCCCGUGCGGCAGAGCGAGGCCUCACAUGGCCUCUAAGGAUGAACAUCGCCAUAGAAACGGCAGAAGCUCUGUCCUACCUCCAUGCGGUUGAAAUCAUACACCGUGACGUCAAGACGACCAACAUAUUACUGGACAACGCUUUCCAUGUCAAAGUUGCAGACUUUGGGUUAUCGCGUCUGUUCCCUCUGGAGGUCACCCAUGUCUCAACUGUUCCACAGGGCACACCGGGCUACGUCGACCCUGUGUACCACCAGUGCUACAAGCUAACCGAUAAGAGCGACGUCUACAGCUUCGGCGUCGUGUUGGUGGAGCUGAUAUCCUCAAAACCUGCCGUGGACAUGAGCAGGAGCCACAGCGAGAUCAACCUGGCGAACAUGGCUCUCAACAGGAUUCAAAACCAUGAGAUUGUCCAGUUGGUUGAUCCGGAGCUUGGCUACGACACUGACAGCGAGACGAAGAAAUCAAUAGACCGUGUGGCAGAGGUGGCUUUCCAGUGCCUGCAGCUCGAGAGGGAGCUGAGGCCAUCGAUCAAGGAAGUAGUGGAGGUUCUGAACUGCAUCAGGGACGGGGAUUGUCCGGCGAAAAACAUGAGCCAGAAUGCGUCCCUGAAGGAGGACACUCACUUGCUCAGGGGAAGCCUGCAGUUCUCGCCUGACUCAGUCAUCCAUAGAUUCCAUAGCCAGUCAACUAACCACUCGGUAGCGUCGAAUGGUAGCGGAGUAUGAUGUGCUUUGUGUUUGAUUAUGGAAGAAAAUAAGGCCGCCCUUUCUGAUCGGAUGAGUUGUAUAUAGCAUAUAGAGUUUGCUAAUGAGGUAAUUUAUCUGGGUAAUUCAGUUGUUCUCUCUGUUGGCCAAUAAGUACAACCUCAUGGUUGCAGUAACUCGGCACUCGUGAGAUUUGCAAUGAUUCAGACGGUAGGUGUAUGUACUAGGAGCAAAUUCCAGGAUAACCAUUGUAAUAUACAUAGUGAUAUUUUCAGGUUCA